AUGGGGAAACACCUGUUCCGACCAUCUCCGCCGAAGAGAUCGCCGGCGCCGGAGCCUCACCAGAUGCUCACCGAGUCAUCCAUGGAGGAGAGUAUGCAAGCUGUCUACUCUGCGAUUUACAAAUGGGCUCCUUCAGGAUAUGAUCGCGGUUCGGUUUCUACUCCGUCUUCUUCUUCUCCGGUUUCUGGAUUUCUGUUCUCUUCGAGUAGUCGCCCCGAGGCGGUGGAUUUCAUCGGAGCAGUGAAGGAAUUGCAGAGCACGAUGGGUCUGUUGGUCUCUGUUUACCCGGCGUCGAAGAAGCUUGUUCGCGCUAAGAAUUUGAUGCAAGCGGCGAUGAAGUUUCUGGAAUCGGAGUUUCACCGUGUUCUGAAUGCGAAUCGGGAGUAUCUGGACCCGAAACGCGUCUCUGUUCGUCCGCACAAGUCUUGCAGAUUCAGCAUUUCGAGUGUUUCCGACUCCGACGGAGAUAACAGCGUCGAUGGUACGGACGGCGACGGAUACGGCGGCGGAGACGAGGAAGAGAUGAGGUUCUCCGGUGGAGAUUCUGACGUCAUGAAUGAUCUGAAGAUGAUCGCCGAUUGUAUGAUUUCCGCCGGUUACGCGAAGGACUGCGGUAGGGUUUACAAAACGGUGCGGAGAUCGAUUUCGGACGGGACACUUCAUAAUUUAGGGAUCGAACGGUUGAGUUUGCAUCAUAUUCAGAAGAUGGACUGGAAGAUACUGGAAUCGAAGAUCAAAUCGUGGCUGACAGCCGUACGAUUCGCUGUUCGUACUCUGUUUUACGGCGAGAGGAUCCUCGCCGACCAUGUUUUCUCCGCUUCCACUGCAAUGGCUGAGUCCUCCUUCGCCGAGAUUGCUCGGGAAGGAGCACUAACGCUGUUUGUCUUCCCGGAAAAUGCAGCCAAGUUCAAGAAACUAUCCCCCGAGAAAAUGUUCCGUAUCCUGGACAUGUACGAGGCUCUCGCCAAUCUCUACGCGGAGAUCGAAUCCAUCUUCUACUUCGAUUCAACAGCCUCGGUCAGAUCUCAGGUUAUCAACUCGCUCGCCGGACUCGGCGACUCGGUGCAAUGGAUGAUGGCGGAUUUCGAGUUGGCGAUUCAGGGGGAGUCAUCGAAGAAGCCAAUUCCCGGCGGCGGAGUCCACCCACUCACUGGCUAUGUCAUGAACUAUCUCGCCUUCAUCGCCGAGCCAUUUUAG